CGAGCACAUAGCGUCGGGAACGCAGAUCUAAGAAAAAUCAUUUAUCGUACAUACAUAACAAGCACAGCGUAUGUUCUGUGUGUGUGCGUGUGUAGUGCAGCAACAAAGUCAGAUAAAAGAAUAUAAUUGUAUACACCAAUACAAUACAAAAGUAAAGUGCGAGAUUAUCAGAAAAAAAUUAUAGGAAAUACACACAUAUUUCAAUAUAAAUUUUUUGAAAAAAUUGUGCGAACUGUGUGCAGUAAAGAAAUGUUGCAAGAAUAAAAAAGACUCAAGUGCAAAUAAAAAUAUAUGAAAAACACUUUUAUAACUAUUUUAUCAAAUAAGAUAUUAAAUACAAAUGACUAUGACUUCAACAUUACUGCAACGGCCCACAACAACAACCACCACAAAGGAGAAAGCAACAACAACGGCAAAGAGACGCACAACCAUGGCGUGGUCGAAUGAUAAAUUGCGUUUUUCAUGCAUCGAUAACAUUAGCCUUAAACAAUUGUGGAAACUAAUUGCCUUGGAUACGGCAACAUCAACGGCUCCCAAUGCAACAACAGCAACAGCCGUGCUCAACGAAUUGGAGCAGCAAUCAAAGCACGCCAGCAGCAACAACAACAACCACAACAACAAUAAUAAUAACAGUGAGCAACAAAUGCAAUACGAAAAUUGUGAAAACUUGGCCGACUAUUUGAGCUUACAAAGGGCAGUUCAAGCACAAACACACACACAACUGGGCGGCAUCCACGCCCCCAACAGUCACAUGUCAUUGCUGAAAUGUUUGGCCAUUAACGCCUUAGAACUGAGCGCCCCUGCCACGCCUCUACUUCUCCAGCAACAGCAACAACAACAGCCAGAAAAACAGCCAACGGAAGCAGCAAAGCCACAGGGCUGGAUGCAGUUAUCGGGCCAUCCCGAAAGCAUUGUGCCCACGAGCAGCGGCAUUGUGCGAAAGCGGAUCGUUAGCAUUGACGAUAGCGAAGUGCACGCCUACGAGCUGAUCUCACAGGAGCCUCAGACGGCACAGAUAGUGCCUGGGUAUCUGGGCAGACGUGAGCUGCACGGACAGCAUUACAUCGAGUUGCAGGAUUUGCUGGCCGGCUUCAAGGAUCCGUGCGUCAUGGACAUCAAGAUGGGCUGCCGCACCUUUCUGGAAUCGGAGGUCAGCAACACAACGCUGCGUCCGGACUUGUAUCAGAAAAUGGUGGCAGUCGAUGCGAGUGCGCCCACAGCUGCGGAGCAUGAGGCGCAGGCGAUCACGAAGCUGCGUUACAUGCUCUUCCGCGAAUCCUUGUCCUCCUCACACACGAAGGGCUUUCGCAUUGAGGCACUGCGUCUGCGUGGCCGCGCCCCCCUCAAGGACUUGAAAACCUGUCGCACCGACGAGCAGAUCACACAAACCAUUGAACAGUUCCUGGCCGCACGCAAAUCCGUUCAGAAGGAGCUGCUGAAACGGCUGAAGCACAUGCGCCUGGUCAUGGAGCAGUCGGCGUUCUUCAAUCGCCACGAAAUUGUCGGCUCCAGCAUCUUCAUUGUCUACGACAAUGAGCGCGUAGGUGCCUGGCUGAUAGACUUUGCCAAGUCCCGUCAGCUGCCGCCACAGCUGAGCGUCAGCCAUCGGGCCCACUGGAUGCCUGGCAAUCGGGAAGAGGGUCUCCUGAAAGGCAUGGACGAGCUGAUCCGUGCCUUCGAGACGGUCUAUGCGCGCAGCACCAGCCAUCGCAGCUGUUUGAAGAUGUAGGCGUGGGCGGCAGGUCCUCCCACUCCCACUCCAACUUCCACACCCCUUCCUAUCAUUAUUAUACUGGCAUAUAAGACUGAUUACAACACCAAUUUCCACGCUCACGCUCAUUCGUACAGCGGACUUUUCAUCGCAUGCGGCACGCUUUGGAUAUUUUCCAUAUUGGAAACACAGAAGCGGCCAAUUCGCAAGACUUGCAACUGUAGGAAAUUA